GAGCGGAGCCAGACGAGCCCCUUGCAGACGGGCGCGACGUUUGAGGGAGGCAAUUGCGCUGGCCAUCGAGAAACUCAGAGGAAUCGGGGAUGCAUAAUUGCUGGAGUGUGAAUCGAUCGAGAGCUUCGUGGAGUGUUGAAGUAUCAACCCUCGGUGUGAUUGUAGCGUGAAAGCUCAGAUCGGACGGGAAGAUUAAGAAGCGGACGAAUCGUGUCGAGCCGGCACCCCUAUGCUGAUCUCGUGGUCGUGAUCGUUAAGAAUUUCUCCAUGGCUCGGGACAAUUGGCGAGAUUUUCUAAUCUACCUCGUGAAGUAGUCGUCGGAGGCGCGUUUCUCGGUUUCUCGUCUGGGUUUUGUGAGUGCAAGAGCGGGGAGACGGUAUGAGCAGAGACUGAUUUUUUCGCGGGUGCUUUUCGGUCCAGAGGUGAUGGAGGUCGAGGUGGUGGAAGCUGACAAUGGGGUCAAUCCGAACAAUGACAGUUCGAUGGCCAUAGACAUGGCGAUUCCGGGAGGAUUUGAGGACGAGAACGCGCUGAUGAUGGACAGCAGCGUGGAAACUGCCGAUCUUGGAGAGGAUUGGGUGUCCCUUUUCUUCGAUGAGAGUUAUCUGAACGCCAUGACGACGAGCGGGGAGGUUGAGCAGCAGUUUCUUCCAGGUAGUGACGCGCCGGCGGCCGCUCCCGGUUCGAUUGGGAAUGGGAUCCAAAUCUCCAAUCGAGCGGUAUCUCCUUCCACGAUGAUCCUCUCGAGCUCCCCGGCCAGUGCCAGUUCAGGGUGCCCCUUCUCUGCCAACGUCGACAUUUACCCUGAAAACCAUAACGCCACUGACAAAACUCCUCUGCCUACGGCUGCCGCAAUUUCUCCACCCCCGCAUCCCGCAGGGUCCCCGGAGAGCACUCUUUCGCAGGCCAGCGGCGCUUCCAGCUGUGCCGUGCAGCCUUGCUGGUGGGGGAACGAAGAUCUGGAGGAGGAUGGGGUUCAUGGCUCGGAGGAGGAGAGUUCGACGUCCAAUUACGGUGCGACCGACCCUUCAGCAGUUGCGCCGGACGCGUCUAAAGCUCCGAUCCAAGCUCAGGAGGUGAAGGGUGGGGCAGAACCGGCAUCCAGUGUGGGGAAGAUUGCCACCGGUGCGAGAGGCAGCGUAGAAAGAAGCGAUCGUAAGCGGAGAUCGUGGGAGAGGGAGGAGGCAGAGAAUGGGCAGCAGCAGUCGCAAUGUGCGCAGAGUGAAAUUGACAGGAAAGGGAGUGAGUCUGGGGAUGGGUUGGGGGGAGAGGAGGAUGACGAGAAACGGCAAGCCCGGCUGAUGAGGAACCGGGAGAGUGCCCAACUUUCUCGACAGAGGAAGAAGGUGUAUGUCGACGAGCUGGAGGGGAGAUUGAGAACCAUGGCUGCCACUAUUGCGGAGCUGACUGCCACCAUCACUCACUUGACGGCCGAGAACGUCAAUUUGCGGAGGCAAUUAGGUUUUUUCUAUCAGCCUGCGAGACCCGCAGGUGGCAUGCCGAUCAUGCAAUAUCCAGGACUUGUUAGGCCUGUUUAUCCCGGCGCUCCUAUGCCUCCUGUCCCGAUUCCGAGGUUGAAGCCUCAACAGUCUUUGACAAAAACUCCGAAACGAGCCAAAAGUACGAGGGAGCCUGGUGAGAAGAAGAAGGUUAAGAAAGUGGCCAGUCUUGCAACCGCUGGAGUCAUGGGACUGCUCUGCAUUACCAUGCUGUUAGGACCCUUCGACUGGGGAUCCAGUACUGUAAGUUCAGGCACUACUCACAUCCACGUUGGUAAUGCUCAGAUUAGGGUAGGAGGUAGAGUGCUCACAAGCUGGAACGAGGAGGGUGUAGAAGACUUGAGGAACAUGACCCCCAGGGAACCCUGGGCCGACGGUGGGGGAGGGAACAUAGGGCAUGUGAACUCUGCGGGUGCUGGUGGUAGGAAUGGCGUGGGUGGUAGAGCGAGGAGUAGGAUUGAUAGGCGGAAUGGGAACAUUUUGAGGAGGAAUUUCUCGGCCGGCACAGAAAGGGUUUGGCAAUCCUGCUCAGAGUGCUACAGUCGUCGUGAUGAGCCACGAACUGCUCCAAAUCUCGUAGAGAAACUUGUGGCUACGAAUGUGAGCGAGCAAGUCUCCUUGAUUGUUCCGAGGAAUAACAGGCUUAUCAAGGUCGAUGGUAAUCUUAUUAUCAGAGCUGUGAUGGCUGGGGACAAGGCCGCAGAGGACUCUGGAAAGGAGGAACAUUCAAGUCAGGAGGGAGAGAAUGGGAGAGGUCAGGUCAAACAAGAUCUGUCCAGGAGUAGCCGUUCACCUCCUACACCUGCUGAUCACAGGCUCAUCAAAGCCAUAUCGACUCAAGCUCAGGAAGGAGGAGGAAUCGUUGUCGGGGAAAGACAGAGCAGAAACGUUGGUGCUAUUCGCGAGGACAAAAAUGUUCAGAAACCUGCGUACAAGAGCGAUGCCUUGGCCUCUGUUUCUGCAACUCCGACUUUUUCUCAGCUUGUGUUGGGAAGCCUUGCAGUGCUGAAGAAGGCAAAAAGUACUCUCCAAACAGUUGUGAUGGAGAGGUAUGGAAUACCUCUCGAAAACCAGAGAGCUUUUCGUGUCACUCAAACAACUGUACAUGGUCGCAACAGACCGUCCCCCAAGCCCAUGGUUGGAAACUUGCAGCAGUGGGUUCUGGAUGAUUACCAUCCAGUAAAGAAGCUUGAAUAUAACUGAAAUGAUAAGCCAACAUGACAAGAGUAUGAACCCGAAGACUUGUGGAUGUCUUUCAACUACUGAGUCUAUUUCAAUGGGCACUGUGUGUCACAAUUUCCCUUCUAAACCAAGAAGAAGCACAAAAUGUAAAUGGGAACUUGAGCUGCAAAAGGGAGAUAAUGGCGCUGCCUGCUCAAGGCGAGAAAAGGGCCUGUUCUGAGCACAGGGAUGUGCACAGAAGUUUUCCGCUUUGAUACUUCACCAACAAGGACUGCACCAAAUACAGAGACCUCUAGAGGUUCAAGCUCUGUAGCAGAAGAUCAAGUCAGCGGUGUUCGUGAAGAAAAGACUUCUGCAAAGACUACUGAGGAGCCUUCUACCCGUAAGAAGAGAGAUCCUUAUGCUGUCCCUCUACCUCCUAUUCGGAGACAAGACGGGAAUGGAACAGAGCCAGUCGUGGACAAAGUUUUCAAAGGACAACAGUCUGACACGGAAGGUCAUGAUGCCUCAACGAUGGUAGUGUCCGUCUUCACGGGACCUCAAGAUGUUUCUGCAGAAGACAGCAGGACUGGGGGAGGGCCAGCAAAAGGCUUGUCUCAAAUCUUUGUGGUUGUUCUGGUGGAUAGUGUGAAGUAUAUAACGUACUCGUGUAUGCUUCCUCCAACGGGCUCUCAGGUUCAUGUGGUGGCGAGCUGAUUAUCUGCAGGUUCGCGAAAUCGGGACGUAGAGGAACACUUUUCUUGUCUGCGUCUAGAGACGGCUCAAACUAUGGGAAGAGGUAGAAGGGAACACCAUCAGGGAUACUGAGCCCUGAUAAGGAGCGAAUCUGAGCUGAGGUUUGAAAUGUCGGCUGGCUUGGAGGUGAUGGGUUUAGAUACUUAGGUCCAAAGUUUCACAUUAUUUGCCAAUUAGACCGUUCCUAUCCUACCGUUCAUUCGUCCAGGAGGAACUUUCUGAGAAAUUACCCUUUGUGGGGUUUGUAAAUUAUCACACUUGUAUAUAUAUUUAUUUAAGUCUAAAAUUAUUUAUUCAAUCUUGAUUCCGAUUUGAGGUCUUAGUGUGAAUUGUUGUGUUUCUGAUUUUUCGAAGUCAACUUGCUGGUGAAGGACCCCUUUGGCCGAGAGGUAGAGAAGUUUUUAAUGCUUUUUGGUUGUUCCACGCAUCAGACAAUGCUUGAAUACUAAGCAAUUCUCUUCUAUGUUGCGGAAAUGUAUCCCACUACAGGAGAGAUACUCUUCACUGAGUCUUGUCUAUCCUUCUUACCCAGCAGGCCCUCAUUUUCUUGUC